AUGAACACCACACAUCGUCGGCGGCAGGCAUUCUACUCGCUGCCAUCUUCUCACUGGCAAAUGCUCGCCGAACCACCUUUCAACCUCCUCGAUAACUUCAGCCGCGUUGACGACGCCAUCGACGUCAAUGCCGAUAUCGCAGACGCGAUUCUCGCCACGGGACUUGCUUCAUUCGGGCUACCGGCCGACCCCGACCCAGAAGAUCCCCAGCAGAAUUGGCGGGAAAAAGCCACUACGUCGGAUGUCAACAAAGCGCAUUCGACCAUCCGACAGUUUUAUCGGGACUGGAGCGCCGAGGGCCGUGCGGAGCGGGAAGUCUGUUACGACCCAGUGCUGCAGGACCUCAAGGACGAGUUCGGCGAGAGACAAGUCUCGGAGGAGGAACCGAGGGUUCUGGUCCCCGGAGCCGGACUGGGAAGAUUAGUGUUCGAGAUCUGCGAGGCCGGGUACGCGGCCGAGGGCAAUGAGAUCUCAUACCAUCAGCUGCUGGCGAGUAGCUGGGUGCUGAACCACACCUUGGGCCCCGAGCAGCAUACUAUGUACCCGUUUGCCCUUCACUUCUCGAACCUGGUGUCCCGCGAGCAACAGCAUCAGAAGGUGAUGAUCCCCGAUCGACAUCCGGGCACGGCGAUGCUGGAAGCGCAGCACAACCCCGACACGCCGUUCGGGACGAUGAGCAUGUCGGCGGCGGACUUCGUGGUGCUGUACAGCAACCCGUCGAACAAGGACGCCUUCGACGCGGUGGCCACGGUCUUCUUCAUCGACACGGCGCCUAAUCUGAUCCGGUACGUGGAGACCAUCCGACACUGCCUCAAACCCAACGGCAUCUGGAGCAACGUUGGGCCCCUGCUCUGGCACUUCGAGGACGGCAGCAACCGCAGCCACGCCGACCAUGGCGACGAGGGUCAUGCGCAGGGAAUCGGCGAGCCGGGAAAUGUGGAGCUCACGGAGAGCGAGGUAUUCUGCCUUGUGGAGCGCAUGGGCUUCAGGAUCGAGAAACGGCAGGCCGUGGAGGAGCGACGCAUGUGUGGCUACAUCCAGGACCGACAGAGCAUGCUUCAGCCACUGUACAAGCCAUCGCACUGGGUGGCCCGCAAAUUAUAG